AUGGCUUGUGGCGGAUUAACACCAAAUGUAUUCAUUUCGGAGAUAGACCAGAUUAUGAACAUUCUGGAACGGGGUACUAUUGUUACUCGAUUUUACUUGAAAAAGCGUCCAGAGAAACGAACAUUACGUUUACGUAAGGAAACGCGACAAUUACUGUGGUCCAGGACGACUGGCCCAACCAACAAAACUAUCGAUGGAAAUUGUAAUUAUAUAUAACUUUAUGUACCUGUAAAAUAUAAUAUACCUUAAUACUUUUUACAAAAUAUUUCAUAUAAUUAAACAUAAAUCUGUUUAAGUGGAUCUUAGGGACGUCAAAGAAAUACGACACGGCAGAAAUAGUAAAGAAUUUGACAGGUGGCCGGAUGAAAUCAAAAAAUUUGAAGCUACUAAAUGUUUUAUCAUAUUCUAUGGUAAUGAAUUCAAAUUGAAAACUCUGUCAAUAGUUGGUAUGUUUAUUAUUUCAUUUUUAUUAUUGUUAACACAUUUUGUAAUAAGUGUUUUAAUGUAUCAUAUUACUAUACAGAUAUCCUCAUAAUGCUAUAUUAUAAUAAUAUAAUAUAGAUAUCUGUGUUUUACAACAAAGUCUGUUUAAAAAUUUAUUUCAAUUUGCAUAUUUUUAACAUCAAUAAAUAACUGUGAUAGCUUAAAUGUUUAUUUUGAUUAACAUGUGAGAUGAUUUAGAAAUAAUUAAAUUAAACAUUUUAAAAUAGGUACACAUAUUAGUAUUGUAUUGAAAUAUAAUGAUUAAUGUAUUUGAAAAUCUUUACUCAUCUAAAGUGGCAUCAUUCAUUAAAUUGUCAAUUUGAUUUUGUGUAAUUAUAUAAAAAAAAAACAUUAUUUUUUAUAUUGUACUAUAAAUCCCAUGACAGCCAAAUUAACAUAUACAAUAACCAUAACUAUGUCUUGUUACUACAAAAACUAUUAAAUUAUAUUUAGUGUAAACAUUAAGAUGACAUGUUCAAUAUUUGUUGUUAAAAAUAAUAACAAUGUUUAAAUACACAUGUUGAUAUAUCAAAUAUCCAAAGCUAAAAAAUUUUACAUGGACUGCAUUGUUUAAAAGCUCAAAAUAAACCAGCUAAAUAACCUUUUAAAUUUAAAUUUUGUAAUUAAUCAAAAACAUUUCAACAGCUUCAUUUGUUGCUUUUAAAUUUUAAAAUAAUAAUACACUAUUGUUUGCUGUUCUAGAGCUCAAAGGCUGUCAUUCACAUUUCUAUGGCACUCUAUGGCUUCAUGUUUUUUUUUUACCAUAACAAUUUUGAUUAAUUUUUGUAUAUAUUUAUCUUUAGUGUUAAUAUAUAUAUAUAUAUAUAUAAGUGUGUAACAAUAAAUAAAUUUAAUGAUAUUUGUUCAUUAAAAAAAUAAUUUGUUUACAUAUUUUAUUAAUGUUAUUUUUUGAUAUUGAAUUGAAGCAUUAUCUGAACAAGAAUGUGAACUUUGGCUCAGAGGUUUAUAUCAUCUUGUAAAUGAUACUGUAUGUGCUCCAUAUCCGUUGCAAGUUGAAAGAUGGUUGCGUAAAGAAUUUUAUAAUAUGGAGAAUUCUAGACAAACGUUAGUACACAACUCAAUAAUCACAUUACAUUAUUUGUUUUAUUUAUAUAUGUAUAAAAAAAAAAACCUAAGUAUUACUUAUAUUUUAUAGAGUAACGUUAAAAGAUGUCAAGUCAUUUUUGCCUCGUAUUCAUUGCAAAAUUUCAACUAGAGAUUUGCGAGAGUUGUUUGAACAAAUCGAUACCAGGAAUCGCAAUGAGUUGAGUUUUGAUGAGUUUUUUACUCUUUAUAAUAAGCUUAUCUACAAUCCAAAGGUAUAAAUUAUAUUUUAUUACACAUAUUACUUUAUAAUUAUGUAAUACCUGACUGCAUUUUAUUAGAUUUUCAAAGAUUAUUUCCAAGUGUAUUUGGAAUCUGAUUCAACAUUUAAUGCUAAAACUCUCACUAAAUUUAUAAACAAAGAACAAGAAAGCUUUUGUCUUGAAGUAGAACUUGUUGCUAAACAUAUGAAAGAAUACAUCAAGUUUUGUGGAAAAGAUUUGAAUGAUAAGCUACAAUUCACGCCAACUGAAGUAUGCAUAUGUUAUUUUAUGUAAAUAGACCAAAUACUUAAUUUAAUUACACCAAUAAUGAGAAUUACACCAAACUUAAUUAACUUGUAAUUAUCCAUUUUAAUAAUAAAAUUAACUCAAAAUUAAAAAUACACUGUAGUAUUUAGUAAUAUAAUAUUAUACUUUUAUCUAAUAAGGGGGCGGAUUACUUUUAAGAUAUCAUAGUAUUAUCUCUUAUCAAAAACAAAAAAAAAACAGAAUUAUUGGAAUGAACAUAAAUUAGGUGGUGUAUUUUACUUUUAAUUUCUAAUAUUAUUAUAUAUGAUUAUUGUAAAAUAAAUAUAACAUAAAAAUACAUUAUGGUAUAGAGUAAUAAAUUAUUAUAUAAUAUUAAGAGCGUAAUGAGUAAAGCAAAAUAUAUGCAUAAAAAAAAAAUAACUUAUUCUAAUGAACUCAACAUAAGUAGUUGUUUUAAAACUUUCGUUUGACUUGUUUCUCGUAUUUCACCAGCUAAAAACAUCUCGUCUACAACAGUGUACACUUUGUAGAAGUUGAACACUAGAUCUAGUUCACAUACGUUGUGGAAAUAUUCGUUAAGCACUUCAACGAAAUUGUGUAUAGCUUCCAGGUAACAAAGAUUGUUAUCGCCCACAUCCACGCAGAUGCAAAAAUAUAAGCCGGCAUACCUUCGAUAAAUGAUUUUGAAGUUUCGAAAUUCUACAAAAUUUGUAUGUUUCGCGUCUCUGACUGUUACAACUGCAUGCACUUCCUCUAUCAGCUUUUGUUUCUCAUCGUCAUCAAAGUUCAUGUACCAUUUUGCUAGUCUCGUUUUCCCAGCUCUGUUUUGUAUUAAAAUAAAGCGAAUCAUUUUGAACUCUUUAAGUACAAGAUUAAUUUAAAGUUUAAUUUUUAACAAAAUAAAUCGUGUCAGCACUAAACACUGUCAACAAAAUAAUCAAUACAAAAUUAUUAUUCUGAAAACUGUUAUCAUCUACCAUUUUUCUGCGUAACAUUGAUAUCUCGACACUGCGACCACCAAAUGAUAACAGUUUUUUUUUAUUCGUUUUCUUAUUUCAUAUUUCCGUUCCCAACUUUCAUCAUUAACCUGAUUUUUUUUCCCUCGUUAAAUUUGAUUCUUUGAUACUCUUUGGAAUUAAGUUUACUCAUAGACAUAUUAUAAAAUAAUAUUACCAUUUUACGAUAUUUUGUGAAUAUGUGGAUACCCAUAGAAAAAAAAUUAGGUAUUCAAUUCAAAGAUAAAAACCAAAAUAAUUAUUUAUUUUAUAAAACAUUGUAAUGCCAUUUUAAUUUUAAAGUUUAUUUUGUAAUAAACUAUAAUAUAAAUUUAAAAUUUCAGAAGAAUGUUUUAUGAAAUUACAUAGGUAAAUACUUUUAAAUAAUAAUCUGUAGAUACAUAAACGUGCGCAGGUCUUUUUAGCAGGGGAGGCAACAAUCAUUGAAACCAAACCUUACACUUAAAUUAUAUGUACAAAUAUUCCAAAUAUUUAAGGAAGGGAGAUUUAAUCCUUGUCAAUAUAAUAUUGAUUUUGAAUACUUAGGUAGUAUUUUACUUGAUGAGCAUUUUAUUUUGGGAUGCUUUGUUGAGUUUUCAGUGGGGGAAAGGGCAGUUGAAAUACUCCAAAAGCUCCUCCUUGUGCACACUUAUGUGUAGAUCUUCUAGUUCUAGACUUGCUUACUCUUUUUAAUAGUAUUCUAUUUUUACAGCAACUUGUUUUCAAGUAAUAUAUACCUUGUUUUCAAUUCAUAUUUUAUUUUAUUUUUAUGUUUCACUGAAAUUUACAAAAAUAAUACUUAAGUUUAGUAAGUAUUAAAGAUAAAAAUUAAAUAAGAUUGUAUAGUAACAAUAAUUAAUAAUAAAAUAAAAUAAAUUAGUAAAAGCAAGAAAAUUAAUAUUUAGUAAAAAUAUAAAAAUUGACAAAUUAAACAAAAAACAUUGUGUGGUCUGAGUCUAAGAUUUAUAGUACACUAUAACUAGAACUAAACAUUUAGAAGAUUAGGGUCCGAGUUAAUUGUAAGCAUGUUUUUUAUAAGAAUUGAACUAUUACAAUUCUUUGAAUGUCUUUCUGAGUAUAAAGGAGCCACAACACAGAUCCGCAUUCUAAAAUCAACCGUACUAAUGAAAUAUAUAAUAUUUGGAAGCAAUUAGUUUAGUCAAAGUCCGAACACAUUAUGACAAAUAAAACCCAUAAUACAUAGUGUUUUGCAAGUACUGAGCUUAACAAUGAAAUAUUGUUUCAGUAAUGAUACAAAUUAUAAUGGGUACCUGUAAUGUAAACAUGUAGAAUAAUAUUAGUUUGAAAAAAAAACAAAUAAAACUUAAAUGUAAAUCAAUUUUCUGAUAAAAAAUAGUUUAAAAAAAAAUAUUAUUUUAAGUUGACAUUUUGAUUAAAUGUUUUAAUAUUUUUAUUAUAGUUUAGUGGAUUGUUGCUCUCCGUCUUGGUAGUUGUAUCUUGAUUAGUUUACCUUUUAAUAAUAAUUUAUAUACAAAUAUUACAAAUAUUUAUAUUUUAUUUUUAUUUGAAUCAAAAAUUUAAGGAUCUUGUAGAGUUUGUUAGAUAAUGUUAUUUAUAUUAUUACUUUUUAUUUUUUAGUUUAUGGACUAUUUAUUUUCAAAACAAAAUGAGUUAUGGGAUCAAUAUUACGACAAUACAUAUCAAAACAUGAGCAGACCGCUUUCACAUUAUUGGAUAUCAUCUUCUCAUAAUACGUAAGGAUUAACAACAUGGAUUAUUAUUUUUUCGCUUAUUAGCUUUUUUGGUGUUUCUGCAGCCUAUAAAGCAGGUGCCAAACUACGGCACUGGAUAGUAGACACUAUGUUACUUGACAAAUAUUUAUAUUAAAUAAUUAAAUAGUUGUUUUUUUUUUAAAAUUUGUUAGUAUUUUUAAUUGUUUAAUUAAUUUUUUUUUUGUUUUGUAUUAGAUUUAGAUAAAUUAAUAAUUUUAUUUAUCUUGUAGUAUUUAUUUUUCUAAAAAUGUGCUUGUAUUAUCUUUUUAAAAAUUUUACUACAGAAGUUGUUAAGAUUUUAUGAAAUAAUUAAAAUAGUGUUAGACAUGUGAACAUUAAUAAUUUUAGGAAUAAAAAAAUAAAGAUAAAUGAGUAAUUAUGCCAAUGAUGAAUUUUAACAUGUGUUUAAAUUAUCAUGUAAACAUAUUAAUCAUUUGCAUUUCAUAGGUGUUUAAAUUAAUAGCUUUAGUAUAUAUUUUUAUUUAUUUAUUUUAUGAAAAAGUUUCCCCUGAAGCAAUAGCCUAUAUAAGUAUUAUUGUUUAAUUGAUUAUUAUUUUUAGUUAUUUAACUGGAGAUCAAGUAUCUAGUGAAAGUUCAAUUGAAGCAUAUGCAAGAUGUUUACGUUGGGGUUGCCGCUGUAUAGAAUUGGAUUGUUGGGAUGGACCAGAUGGAUUACCAAUAAUAUAUCAUGGACAUACAUUAACAAGUCGCAUCAAAUUUUUAGAUGUCUUAAAAACAAUUAAGGAACAUGCUUUUAUUUCUUCUCCGUAAGUUAACAAAAACAGUAUUCAGAAUGUAAUAUCUUACUUAUUAUUUUUAUUUUAGGUAUCCAGUUAUUUUGUCCAUAGAAGACAACUGUUCAAUACCACAACAAAGAAAAAUGGCAUCAGCUAUGAUUGAAGUAUUAGGCGAUAUGUUACUCACACAACCAAUUGAUCGCAAUGAAAAUAGAAUGCCAUCGCCUGAACAACUUAUGUAUAAGUUUAUAUUAAAACACAAAAGAUUACCAGAGAAAGUUGACGGCGAUCAAUCUAUUACUAUUAGACAUCACGAUGAUUGUAAAGACAUGUGUUUUAUUUAUUAGUAGUGUUUAUUUACACAUUUUUUUCUUUUAGCUAAAGACACAGAUUUGAGAAACACAAAAAAAAAUGGAGUACUUUAUCUAGAGGAUACAUUAGAAAAAGAAUGGAGGCCACAUUUUUUUGUUCUGUCUGGUAAUAAACUCUACUAUACAGAUCUCUGUAAAACAGAUAUGGAUAAUGAUGAUGAAGCAGAUGGUGGAGAGUUUGAUUCUUUUGAUGUAUCUAGUUCAAAUCGUUUAAGAGAAGUAAGUCACAUGUAUUUAUCGUGUCUCACCAUGUUCGACAGAUUUUUUUAAAGCUAUUAAUAUUAAAUAUUUAAAAAAAAUUGUUUUCAAUAAAUUUGUCACAAUCGUUGCACGGUAAUUCUUAUCACAACAGUAGUUUUUUGAAUAUUAAUUGUUUUCACACUUUUUUUUAAAAAAUUAAAAUGGCUUUUACUAAGAAACUAUUCAUCGGAUAUGAAUGUGUGUUACCUUAGAUUUUUAGAAUAAUAUCUUUUACAAAAUGAAUAUUUAAAAUAUUUUAUAAAGUGAAUAAAACAAUUUUUUUUUUAUGUUUAGAGAAUGCAAAUAAAAACUAAAUUUUUUUCCAAAUCAAUGUCUUACUCAAAAACAAACCUAUUGAAAAAAAUUAAUUGAUAAAUAUUUAAUAUUAAUAACUCUAGAAAAAUCCGUCAAACAUAUAAAUAUUUAAUUAUAUUUGUAUGUACUAUGGAUAAAGUAAAAUAUUGGAAAAUGUGUUAAAGCAGGUCAUAUGUCAAGAACCAAAUGGGGAAUAUUAUUGUGUAUCAAAUUUGUUUGAUAUUUUUAAAUUUAUAAUUUUUUUAUAUAUAUUUUACUUGACAGAAAAGGUUUGAAAAUAACAUUUUUAGGUGGUAAUAUUUAUAUGAUUUUCUGUUAAAAUUGUAUUAUAUUUUUAAAACAAGGAGCUUAUGUUUAUAAAUUAUAUUAGUAUAAAAUAGUAUUGGGGCUGCGUUCUAGUUGCAUGCCAAAGAAAAGAGUGAUGUUGGUCGAUAACUGAGUUGCGUGCGUUGUUUUUCUGAGUCAAGUUGCGUGUGAUAAGUUAUGAAUUAUGAUUAUAAUCCAUAGAUAAGUAAACUGUAUACUGUAUAUGAUUCAUAACUUGAUGAUCAGUCAAUAGUUGUUUGAUUAUGAACAUCUACAACAACAAAAAAAAUAAUAAUAAUGGAUAUCAUGUACAGUGAAAAAAACAAAACAAUUUUACAUCAUUAAUGGAUAUACAUUUUUAAAUAAUAACAUUGAGAAAUGAGUAUGCACAAAUUGAAUGUGUAAAUCUUAUUUACAUUAAAAUCACUUAAUCUAAGUAAAAAUUUUAAAUAGUAAAAUCAACAAAUAAUAGUAUUUUAGGAGAAAAAUUUUUCGCAAAAUUUAAAAUUAAAAAUCGCGCUCAUAACUUGACUCAGUCUCUAAAAAACUGUGCACGCAACUCUACCUAUAAUUUCCUCACUUAAUUCGGAAACACCAAGUAUUGGAACAUAAUAUAAUUAUAAUAUUUAAUAUUUUUAGGGUAUACCUAAUGAUGAAUUACAUUUUGGUGAAUAUUGGUUUCAUGGAAAAUUAGCCCGUGGUAGAAAUGAAGCUGAAGAACUAUUGAAACAAUAUCAACAUCUAGGUCCUGGUACAUUCUUAGUGAGACAGAGUGAUACAUUUGUUGGUGAUUAUUCACUUUCGUUCUGGUUAGUAAAGAAUUUUUUAAAAAUAUUUAAUCAGACAUUUAUAAAUAAAUAUAUUUUUAGGCAUCAUGGUAAAGUUAAUCAUUGUAGAAUACGUUCAAAACACGAACGAGGUCAGAUAAAAUAUUAUUUGAUUGACGGUUUAACAUUUGACAGUUUAUAUAGUUUGAUAACUCAUUAUCGGACACAUCGAUUAAGUAUACAAGUACGUUAUAACUAACUAUUAAUAAACAAAUUCAUGUUUAUGUUUUAAAUACAUUUUGUUAUUUUUGUGGUAACUACAACAAUUAUUUUAUUUUAGGAAUCUUUUAUCAUUUUGGGUGAACCAGUACCUCAACCUUUAAAGCAUGAAGGGAUGUUAUGGUAUCUUCCAACUGUUUGUAGAGCCCGGGCUGAAACAUUAUUAAGACGAGUACCACACGAAGGUGCAUUUUUGGUACGGCCAUGUGAAGACGACAAACAUUUAUUUACCAUUUCAUUUAGGUAAAUUUAUAAAUUAAAUUGCAUUUUUUUUUUACUAACUAAUAUAAGUAAUUUUUAAAUUAUUAUUUCAUUAGAGCUGAAAAACAAAUAAAACACUGUCGUAUUAAGUUAGAAGGACGGUUAUAUACUAUUGGGGUAAAACAAUUUGAAAGUCUAGUGGAACUCAUAAAGUUUUAUGAACACAAUUAUUUAUAUAAAAAAGUUAAACUGUGUUAUCCUGUAAAUGAAGAUGUUGUACAAAGAUUGGGACCUGUAAGUAUAAUACAUAUUUUUUUUUUAUUAAAAACUAAAUAUUUAAAAAUUAUAAUGAUUGUUAUGAUUUAUUUUUAAAUUUAUAAUUUGAAUAUUAUAGGUAGUUUUUUUUAUAUUUUACAUAUUAUAUAUUAUAAGUUAUGUAUUUAAAUUAUUUAUUAGUUAUUGGAGUAGGUAAAAUUAAGUAAUUAAGUUUGGAAAAGUUUGGUCCAUUCCACAGUGGCAUCACUUGGGGAGCUCCAGCCGAUUUCUUUUGUUGAAUAGUAGUUGAUUUUGUACUUGGUAAGCCCAUUAAUCCUAAAGCUGGUACACAAUCUGAACAAAGUGGUAUUGGUUGAAGUGGUUGUUCUGUUUUAACUGGCAAAGGCUUAAGUUUUUUUCCAUCACAUUCUGUUUGUAAUUGUUGACCUAGUGUAAGUUGCACAGGACCAGAUGUAAGUGACUUUAAAUCUACUGGUGUUUCACUGGGAUUUAAAUAAAACAUCAAUGUUUGUUGUGGUUUUGGUUUAUCAUACAAUUCUGACUUUAAUUUUUCUAACUUGUUAGUUUCUUGUUUUACAGAUUCUUUUACUGCAGUUUCUUGAGAACUCUCUACUUGUUCUGAACUCUUAUAGAAACUUCCACCACUCAAGAUUUGCAUUAAAUUAAAUCCGCUCUUGUUGGAAUCUGCUUGUGGUUUAUUUUCUACAGUUGGAUAUGCUGGUUGAGGCUUAUUUUCAAUAGUUGGAUUUACUGGUUGAGGCUUAUUUUCAAUAAAUGGAUAUGUUGGUUGGCGCUUAUUUUCAAUAGUUGGAUUUACUGGUUGAGGCUUAUUUUCAAUAAAUGGAUAUGUUGGUUGGCGCUUAUUUUCUACAGAAUAUGAAUAUGAAUUUUGAAUCAUAUUGGUGUAUAUUGGUAACAUUACCAUUGAAUUUGGGUCAUAAUAAUAAAGUGGUUGCUGUGUAGGAGUAGGCACAUUAUAUUUUUGAUUUUCUUUGUAAUUUCCAUUAUGGAGCAUUAGAUUUGGUUGAGAUAAGUAAAUUCCAGAAUUUUCAUAUGUUUGUGGCUUAAUGUUGUUUUCAUGAACUCCAUAGCCUACAAAAUAACCUUGAUUAAACAUAUUUGGUGGUUGUUGAAAUUGCGGUGGUCGAUUAUAAUCAGUUGGUAUAUCAUAGAGUGAUGCAAAAGUUGAUGGAUUAUAUCCAAAUAAUUUCAUUGGCCUGUUUGAUAAUUGUUGACUUUUGAAAUUUGACUGUCCAUUAUAAUUUUGUUGAUAACUUUCCUGUUGAUCCAUUUCUACAGAAUCUGGACCAAAUAUUUUGAGUGGUUUAUUGGAUAAUACAUUUUUAAAGUGUAAUUGAGGAUCAGUUUGUUCAUAUUCUCCAUUGAUAUUUUGGAUCACUUUAACAAUAUUUUUUUUUAUAUCUUCAUUAUCAUUAUACUUGAAAUCAUUUGCAUUUACUGUGUUUGGUUUUUUAAAUGGAACUGUAAAUUCGAUUUGUUUACUUGUAGUAUCUUCAUCUUGAAUUAAUAUUUGAUCUGUUACCUGUUCAUCUUUUAUGUCAUCAGUACGAUCUUCAGUUUCAUUUGUAGACCUUUGUUCAAUUAACGGAGUGGAUUUGUCAGUGCUCUGUUCUAGUUGAUAUUGGUCUUUGGAAUCCAUUUGAAUUGAUUUUGAAGACUUCUGUUCUUGCAUAUUAAUAUUCAUUGGUUCUACAACUAUUGGUGAUGCUUCUAAAGGUAUAGUUGAAUCUUUUUUAGUUUCACUUUGUGUAUUGUAAACAGGGUUAUUUAAGGAUAUUUGAUACGGUAACACAUUCAUUUGAGGAUUGACAUCAGUUAGAUGUCCAUUAGAUUUAUCAGUUCGGUAACUAACAAUCUCAAUAUCUCUUUUAGAAUCAGCUACGUUAUAUGAACCUUGAGCUUUUUCUCCAUUGGUAUACUCUUCGUAUGGUUUGUUGGCUGAAGUUUUAUCAUUGUUUACGUAGUAAUGAAAACGAUACUGUGGAAUCUAUAAUAAACAAAUCCAAUGUUAUUAGUGAUAUUAAAAUUAGUGUAAUACUUAAUAGUAUAAUAAUUUGUAAUACCAAAAGUUCAAUUAUUUAAUUACCUCCUGUAUUUUUGAUAUUACUGCUUUGGCUGGUAUUUUAGUCGAGUCAACUCUAGUCAAAAUGACAACAAAUACAAAUGUCUAAAAAUUAAAAAAAUAGUUAAAAUUAGUUCAUAAUUUUAUUUCAAGUGCACUGAAGAUAAAAAUAGUAUAUUAGAUUCUUUAACUAGAGGAACAUUCCCUCUUAAGAUACAAUUUGUCCUUAGUUGUCAAAUAAAUUGCAUAUAUAUAUAUUUGAAUGCAUCAUAACAUGUGUAACAUAUUUAAUAAUAAUUGAAAACUAUUUUUUAAAAUUAAAAACGGCCUGUUAUACAAAUAUUUGGUUACACGCCAGUUAUAUAAUGCCAUAUUAUGUAUAAUUUAAAUGGAUUUAUUACUAAUAAUUUAGGAGAUUAUAUGUUAUUUAACUAUAUUUUAUAAAUUCUAAAAUUUAAAAAUAUUUUAUUAAGUAUAUAUUCAUUUAUUAUUGGGAAUUUAAAUAGGUAUUAUAAAUGGCAUUAUAGUAUAUCCUUAAUCAUUUUUUUUGUUAUACAAAUCUGUUUUGUGGGUAUUAUUUUUCUCGCGACAAGAUAUAAUUUUUUUGUCCCAUUACAAAUAUUUCCAACAUACAAUAGUUUUACAAACAAGUAAUUAUUUUUGAGUAGCCAUAACUUUAUUAGUUUAAUGGUUUUAUUUAUUAAUAUAUUUUAAUUUUGAGAUAAAAAUAAGGACGUUUUAAUAAUAAAAAAUUAAUGAAAAUACCCAGUACGCCCAGACACUAGAUUACUAUAAUAUAAGUACUUAAUCCUUUUAUUUUUGAAAUAUUCAUUAAAUCAAUGAUUUAAUGGUAUAAUAAUAUAUAUAUAACGAAUAUAAAUUUAAUAUUUCAGCUAUCCAAUUGCAAAUCCAUACAUACUAGGCAUUCUAUUAUUUUAAUAUUGAUUAGUAAACUGUAUUUAAGGCCUACUCACAUUAUGGGUAGUCCCCCCCAAUAAAGGUGUGAUAUAUAUAUAAAAUCAAUAGUAAUUAUGGUAGAGGUACCUACUGAUAUGUCUAUAAUUAAUGGAUGAUUUAUAUUUUGCAAUGGUUUGCUGGGCACCCUAAUAUUUCAAACCACCUGUCGCGUGUAUUAAAAGGCGCGAAUGAAAUAUAUGUAUAUAAAAAAUAUUUGUAGGUACUCAUUGUUGUUACCAUUCAACAAUAAGAUUUAUUUUCUUUUUAUACACUUCCAGGUAGUCUGUCUACAACCCCUUUUUAUAAUAAUGCUUCUUUGUAAUACUAUGUGCAAUCAUGCUACACCUUACACGUGAGUUACUAUGUAAAAUAUUUUCUUUUCGUCCUAUAGGUUGGUACCUUUAACAAUUCAACCCGAAUAAAUAACUUAUAAUAUAGCUUAUAAUCAUUUGUUAUAUUUUUACCUACUAAUGAUUCAUUUGAUGAUCAACAAUACUAUUAUUAUAUAAUGGUAAUAAAUACCUACUCUUUAUGUAUCACUAAUUUUGUUUGAAUUAAUUAUUUUUAUGUUAAUUUUUAACAACAAUUUUACUUCAUUUUAACUGGUAUAGUAUAAAGUAUUGUGCAUUAUUGAAAACCUGUUUAAUUGACGGUUAUUUCAAUUUUGUUUAUUCCGUUCUUAUUUUAAAUUUUCGAUUUUUUCAUAAUAGUGAUUACAUAUAUAGAACGAUUCAUACACAGGGUAAUCCAUUUAAUUGCCUACACGCAUUAUCUGGGAAAGUAUUGACUUUUUCAAUUUUCUUAUUUCUAAUAAUUUUAAAAAAACACGGAUCUAGUGUUACAUUAACAUUAUUUUUUAUCAACCGUAUUUUUUGGUAAUUAAAACUACUUUUUGAUUUUAAAAUGGCAGUCUAUAUUUGAAAUCCCAUAAAUAGAUGGAAUAUUAGUUUAAAUAAAUGUUGGUGUUGCAAUUUUUGAUUCCCGUCAACUCGUUCACGAAAUAUUCCAUUUUUAAGGUUUAGGUAGGGAAAGAGUAGUGGAGCAUUAUUAAAAUUUUGCUCGCUGUGCGUGCUGCCAUGCAAAUGACGCUCCAUUACUCUCCCCCUAAGGUAACUAGAAAGUUCAACAUCAAAAUCUGUAUUAACGUAUACUAUAUCUAUGGAAUUUUUAAUGUAGAUUACCGUUUGAAAAUUUAAAAGUUUCACUCCUAAAAAUAAGGGUGACAAAAAAAAUGGUGAUGCAUUUUAGAGCUGCUUGUUUCUUUAACUGGCAAAAACAAAUAUAUUUGUUUUUGUUAAGUUAAUACUUUCCAAGAUAAUGAGUGUACCCAAUUAAAUGGAUCCGGUGUAGUUUCACAUAUAAUGAGGAAAUUGAUGUACGACAUCGGACAUUCCCAUCACGGAGGUACAAUAUUUGUAUAGGGCAGUGUAAUGAAAUUGACCAAUAGUAUACUAGAGUAAUAAUCAAGUGAACGGACUUGAACUCGAUAUAAUUAUUAACACCCUUCUGCGAAAUAUAAUAGUUGGAAAAUUAGAAAAAAAAAAAAAUUAAAAAUCGUGACGUCUUUUCAUCAAUCCUCUCCUGCCCGAUAUUCAUCCUACGUCCACCCUUGUCGAACACCAUUACGCCGGUGUAAUAUUGAUAAAUUGUAACUACCAAGAAAUCGAAAACGAAUCGCGAAAUAUCUAUAACAGAAAGAAAAAAAGAAAAAAACCGCUUUUCUCACCUGCACGAUGUUCUUCAAUGCGAUCGACUCCAUCAUCUUUCUCGGCUGGUUAUUUUUCUUUUUAUUAUUUUUUAUUUUUCGACGAUGCACCCGCAGACGCAGAACCCCGCCGUCUGAAUGGAAUAAUUAUACUGACGCGUACGGCCCGUCGUCAUCCCCCUUUUAUAAUCUUCGGCGCGUCUUGACUUCUCUCGUCGCGGUCCGCGGCCGCCACCUCCGCACCGCUCGCCCCCCCCGAGCCGCUAUUAUUGAGUACCUGUUGUACGGGUCUUCGGGUGUUUCCAUUAGGGGAACGCUCGGACGAUGCAACAGGCGCGUUUAUUUAAAUUUAUCGUCGUGAAUAUUAAAAAAAUGUUACGGCAGAACACGGGCGUUAUCAGUGGCGCCCAAACUGUAUUAUACUUCGAGUGUAGCGGUUGUUAUGCUAAACUCGACCACUCGGUAUAGUGACUUCGGGAAAGUCGGACAGAACGGGUGUAAACAUUCAAAAGUUUUGGAUACGUUUAGAUACCAACGGUUUUGUGGCGAGCGGUGGUUUUUAAUAUCAAAUUCCGGUCCACCGUACGAAUAUUAUAGUUUGGGCGCUACUGGACGUUAUAGUAGCAGUGUACUGUACGGUUCGGAUUUAACGUCAUCGUUUAUCGAUUAUAAGUAUGGUAGGCACAUUAAUUUUUUUCGGUUUAGUGGACCGCCGUGUUCGGCAUUAUAAUGUUAUUAUUAUUAUUAUUAUUUUGUUUUUCACGGUCGCGUGUUUACGGAAAAAAAAAAAAUAUAUAUAUAUAUAUAUAUAUGUAUAUACCGUUAUCGAAAAACGGGUUUGGCGGCCGGAAAAGACGCGCGCGCGAACGAUGAAUGUAAAAAAGUCCGAUUUAUAUUUUUAGUACCUACGCCUCGCAUCCGUUUUGGAUUUACUGUUGUUGUUUUUGGUGUUGUUGUGUGUACGCGCACAGUCUGCCAGCCCGCCUCUUGUUUGUCGAAUACCUCUGGGUAGGCCUCAUCAUAAUCUCCUCCGCAUUAUAAUAUUGUUAUAAUUCUGGUACAUCGGGUUUUUUUUUAUUCUUCUUCUGGGGGUGAUUGACGCCGUAUACACGCGCGGCGCGAUAUAAUAUCAACGAGUAACACUCUUUACUUUUUUUUAUUCUUCUUCGAGUGUUCACAUUAUAGUCGAGAAAACAAACGAGGUCUACACAUAUAUAUUUAUAUAAAGAUUACCUUAUACCAAUGUUCAUUAUAUAGGGGAGUCACGAAAAAUCUCAUUUGCUUUCGUCGCAACCACUAAUCCCAAGCUUUCCGUGUAUUUUUCGUUUUCGUGUAUAAUACAGCAUGUGAUUGCAUACAUUAAUAUAAGAUGUGAGUCUUUUUAUAACACUUAAAAACUACAUACUGCUAAAGUAUGCUCUAAAAAGCAAAAGCUGUAAAAUACGUAAAUAUAUGCGAAAUACAAUUGAGACAUUUGAUUCCUUUACAUAUUACGUGAUUGAACGGCAUUUAUGUUUAACACUGCUGUUUUUAUAAUCUUUCAAAGAUAAUAUGGAAAUGCUAGAAGUACCUAACUUUAGUUAUAACUAUUAAUAAUGUUAAAAUAAAUAACAUGGAAAAAAAAGUUAUCCUGAUUCAGUUGAUCCAUUAUUCUGAUCCAGAUUUUAUUUUUUUUUUCUCGUUGCGGUAGUGUUGGAAAAUAUUUCAGUAGUUAAUCAAAUUUACAAAUUUUUUUUCGGGCGAUUCAGUAUCAACCGAAACAUAUUCGCAUAUAACCGUAAACUUAAUCACUAAACCGUCUACAACGUCAAAACAUGCCUAUAAUAAUUAUUGUGUUUAGUAUGUGUUCGACAAAGAAAGAUAAUAUCGAUAUCUAACCAUUUUAAAUAGAUUCUUAUUUUUAGCGCCAUAUUCAAAUUGUUCGUUUUUUUUUUUCAAGUGAUUUCGACACUUACCAUUUUUGUCCGUCUCAAAAAUUAUCUGAGAUGCACCCGUCUAAAGUUUUGUUUAAAAAAAAAAAUGUGAUUUUCCAAACAAAUUAAAACGCUUGUUAUUGUAUGGUUAACUUUUCCUCGUAAAACAGCAAUCAAAUUUCUUCACUUUUGAAUUCUCCUUUUCUGAAGGUAAUAGAUAUGGCGGGGAGCGAUCGAAUGGUGAUUUAAAAGAUAACGAUUUUGAAAAGUGUGUUGUCAAAACGUGUGUUUCGAUAUCACUGAUCUUCCUGAAGAAAACCCCAUUCUGUCUGUCAGUCUAUCCGGCUGAAAUAUUUCGUGUUAAUUACCAUCAUUCGAGUGGUGAUCAUAAUGUAUGUAUCGUGUUUACAAAUGAGUAAUAUUACCUGCAAUAAACUUAUCGGAACACAUGUGUAUGAUGUAACACUCGAUUUCGUUAAAUAAAAUACAAAUAUAUACAACAAUUGUUAACCGUUAUUUUUAUUUAUUUAGUUUUUAAAAGGUAGUUCAUAUAUAUAUAAUCACUGUAGGUACACCACGUCGAUUUAGAUAAAUUAUAUUGUAUACCUAUAAUAGCUCUUAUACUCGCCAGAUUUUUAUUACCCGGCUAUUUACCUAAUAUCAUACUCGAGGGUUUUUUGAUGUUUUAAUUUACACUGCUUAUCGCUAUUCUAUUUCAAUAAAUAAACAGUGAUCAAUAUUUCCUUAUCGAUUAAUAUACUUGUAUAAUAUAUAGGUACAUACUAAUUUAUUUUAAUUAUACAGUCCAACUCGCGAUAUAACAAAGCUCGAUACAACGAAUGAAACUGUCGUUCCCUUAAAAAUUUCGUGACUUUACGAAAAAUUAAAUAUAUAUUAUUCGAUAUAAAAAAAGUUUUUUUAUAUCGAAGCUCUCGCGAUGUAACGAAUUUUUAUAAUUUUGGAAUUUGAUAUUACGAGGUUUUUAAUUCGUGUUAAGCCAAGAUACACGUCUGCUAGUGUACAAUGACGCAACGAAAAGUAUGUAGCUAAUAAAAAAAAAAAAAUAAAUAGAAUAAAUUACGAAGUUAUUCUAGCACACAUAAAGCAGGAAAUUAUCGCUUAAUAUGUCGAUAAGUGUAUAAUGCCUCUACUAAAAAUGUACAGAAUUAUGCUUUACAUUACCGUUCGUUACGUUAUCGUUCAGUUUUCGUGGUCGUGUCAAAAGCGAUUGCACGCUGGAAAACACGUCGCAUCCAUACAUUUGAACAUAAUAUGUUUUACAUGUUAUUGUGAUUUUAUUAUGUAUGUAAAUAUUAUCAAACGUAAAUAAAUACGUAUUUAUAAUGUAUUGGUUUUGAAUUUUUCUUUAAAUCUCGUUAAAACGAAUUUUGUUGGUUUAUGCUCUUGAUAUAACGAAUUUCGACGUAUCGAACUUUUGGUUUACCGAACUUUUUUCUCGGUCCUCGAAAUUCAUUGUAUCGCGAGUUGACUGUAAUACUUUAUUUUAGGUUCUGAACAAAGCGAAAAGGCUAUUAGUUUUCAGUUUGUUAAAAUGUUCAGAUUUUUUUUAUGUCAUACCUUUUGAAAGAUACUGAUUUCUAUGUCUGAUGGUACUUUGAAAAAUUGUUUAAAAUUCUAUUACUAAAUAAUAAUUUCCUAUACUUUUAGUUUUUUAAAAAAAUGUAAGCAUCAAUUUUUACGUAUGUACUUCAAAAGAUGACAAAUUUUUGCCCUGUGGUAAUUUUUUAUAUUUUUUAGUUACCAAUAUUUCAGUGGUUGCGGGAAAUUUUUUUUACCUCGAAUCACCGAUUUAAUUUUCCACGCACCCACCCACCUAUCAAAAAUACUCCCACUCCACAACACCUUGUCCGUUAUCUACAACUUAUUGUAUUUUUUUGCAAUAUUUUACAAUUUCUUUGGGAGUCUUCAAUGAAAUUCAUCAAAUCUCCGACAAUCUAAAAUUCUUUUAAUGACUUUUGUUUUGUAUGUUUCGAUUAUUUAAUGACAAAAACAUUGACAAAUGAUUAGGAAUAAAACUCAUUGGAUUAUAGUAAAAAUAUAUUUUUAACUUGAUAGUAUAUUUUUAUGCUAUAAACAUUUUAAAGAUUUAUUUGUUUUUGCACUUUUACUUUUGCGUUUGUUUUUUUGUUUACGAUCUCGCGUCGUCGUGCAGUCUACAAUAGAACCACGAAAUGUAUUUUACUUUUUAUUUUAUUGUCUGGUUAUUAAAUAAUAUGUCUAACGCGUAGAACUUUUUAUGUUUGUUCGUCAUACCAUACGCGUUUGUAUUUUACUUCAAACAAGUUUAACUUAACAGAAAUCUACAAAAAAAAAAAAUAAUAAUAAUUAAAAAAAAUAUGUUCUUUAGUCAGGUAAUAUUUUGUACGGGUAACGUGGAUAUCGAUGAUGGCGUUCUAUUUCUAUAGUCGUUAGUUUAUUUUGUGUUAUUUUAGUGCGACUUGGAUGGAAGUUUUAUAAUGAUGUAAUAAUCGUUAGUUUUUAUAUAUGUGAUAUUUGUUCUAUACAUAAUAUUUAAAAUCCGACAACACGGACGGCAAUGGGCAAUUAAAAUUCUAGUAAAGAUUUUUAAAUACAAUAUUAGAGAUAGAAUAGCUUCUAAUAAUAUGUUUAAUGUUCGUAUACAUUGUAUACAAUUAUAGUUGAUCGAUAAUAUUACUGUAUAAUAUUUAGUUUUCACGAGUGAAAUAUUCUGUAACACUGUAUAAGCAGAAUAAGUUUAUAUUAGUUUACCGCUAAGUUUUUACCUAAAAGCUUUAAAAAUACAAAUCGAUUGUCUAUCGGAGAGUCGACGAAUAAACCGCGUGGUAUAUAAUUUUCGCAGGUGUGUUGGUAAAAAACUAAAAAUAAUAUACGAAACUGAAAUUAGAGUUAAAUUUUAAUCGAAUAUUGGGGUUAUGCGCCGUGUGUGAAUAUAAUUUAGGUUUUCCGGUACAGUUAUACGAGUACGUAUUAAAUAUUUCACAGUAGGGGUUGGUAUAUAAUUUGAGCCACCGUAAUAUUAAAUAUUAACUUAUUGUUCUGAAAUGUAUAUGGAUAUAGAGGCAGUUUGGAAUCGGUUCUAUAUAUGUAUAGUGCAUAGGUAUAUUUUUGGGUUUGAAAUAAAAAAAAAACUUCAUAAGGGAAAGACUGUGACAGCGAGAGAACUAUCAGUAGGGUAAAUCAAUGCGUUUAUUAUAUAGUUAGAUAUUUAGAAAAAUAAUAAUUGAAAUUACUUAAAGUAUAUUAUUCUUAUAUGGUCGUUUUUAGGAAAAAAAAGUGAAAUAUAUUUGUUUAAUACGUGUUCUUUAUCGAGUGAAUUCUACAAAAUGGUAGUUUUAGAUAUUGAGUGCGGCAAAAAAGCUAUUCGUUUUUUCAUUUUUCGCAAAAUCGUUUUUGGUUUGAUCAAAAUGUUCAAAUUUUGUCAUGUCGUAUUUUGUAAUUUUCGUCUAGUGAUAUUUAAUUUAAAAAUUUCGUGAUUCCUGAGAUAUUUUCCAAAAACAAAAACAAAAAUGCUUUUUAUUAAAGAUUGGCCGAUACCAUAUUUUACCUGCAUCCGAUAUUUAAAAUCGAAAACAACGAGUUGAUAUUGAUAUUAAUCGAUGUAGGUAUAUGUCGAGAACCCGAUUUUUCAAACAUAUUUCAAAGACAAAGAUAUUUUUCUCUGAAAAUAUCAGGUCGAAUAUCGGUUUAAAAAAACAAAAAACAAACUCAUACCACCGAUCAGAGGCGAACAAAGGGAGAAAAAACACAAUUAAUACUUGAAGUUAGAUUGUUGGUGAUUAUUGAGGGCCAGUUUACCGAGUUCCGCUCGAAAUCUGUUUUUGAGUGUAGCAAUGAUUUGUCAGUGCUUUCAACAUAAUAUAAACUAAAUUAUUAUCCAAUGUCCUAUACCUCCUAAACUUCUCACCUUGUCAAGUAUGUUCGGCUUAUUUUUAUACCUACUUUAUUAUCAUAUAGGUACUGUAAUAUAUUUUAUAUAUUUAUAGACGUUAAAGAAUGUAACGAAAAAAAAAUAAUAUACAGGUACGCUUUUUACCGGUUUCACGCCUUUAUUCUCGACAAUUGUUUGUAAUGUAAUAUUAUUUCCCCUGUCACCCUUCGGAGCGUAGUCUCUUCCAGAGUUUAUGAUGAGUUACUUUUUUACCUACCUACCUGCCGGGUCUCGCGGUGUCUGGUCGUAAAUACAAUAUUAUUAUUACUAUUAUUUGAAAAACACCGAGACGUCUAGUGGUUUCACCCUAAAAUAUUGUAUUGCUUUAUGUUUAUAAUUUGGUGAAUCAUAAAACGUCCAGGAGACACAGCCCGUGAGAUAGAAACGCUACCACCGUAUAACCGGUUUAUGUUUAAAAAAAAUUAAAUCUGUACCCCGUCAUCUGCUGCCGAGGCGUUGUAAUUUAAAAAUUCCAAGAUCUGGUUUCUCGGCCACCAAAGAAUAAAAAAAACCGAAUGUACUUUUAACGUCGGCGUAUUGUUAUUAUAUAGAGGUGUAUCCGUUCGACCCUUAUUAUUGGGGGUUCAUCGAACUUCAGAUGACCUCUCUAAUAACACACACAAUAUUUUAUAAUAUACUCGGUAAGGUUAAGAUUUAUUAAAAAAAAAAAAAAAAAAACACGUCCUAGGGAGUCGGGUGCAGCCACUGUUAUAAGUAGUUUAAUAUACACCUGUAAGCAACGAUAAACCAUUGCUAACGAAAAAACUAUUCUGAGCGGAAUUUAGUUGAUAAUGCUGCUUUGUCAACAAUAUAUAUGUCAUUUUUUAGUAAAAUUCCAGUUAUUCCAAUUCCAAAAUUAUAACGGAUACCAUUUUUUUUACGUUUUUACCGUUUUUUUUCGGUUUUUCAUAUUCGUUGAGAAAACUCCUGAGGAAAUCGAAAAACAUACUUUCUAAAGUAUCUCCCCAAUGAAAUUUCUUUUUAAAAAAAAUGCUAUCAUUAUAAAUUGGAGCAAAAUUGCUGGUAGAAAAGUUGUCCACACGAAAAAAGAAAAAAAAGAAGGCCAUAAUAUUUUUAGCUAAUACUUACAUUUCUUACAUUUUCCCGUUUUUCCAAUGUUUUUUUUUUUCGGUUUUUUACAUUUGUUGAGAAAACUCUUGAAAGAAUCGAAAAAUUACCUCCCCACACCGAUUUUCUUUAAGAGAAGGUGUUACGCAUAAAAAUCGGAGCAAGAUCUCUGGUAGAAAAGUUGUCCAUAGAAAAAAAAAUAAACAUCUUCGCUCCACUCAGAAUCUAAAAAAAAAGGUCUAAAUUAAGUCGAUGAAUAUUUUUUUCAGUGCACCUACUUAUAUUUGGACGGUUUUUUUUAAAAAAUUAUUAUUAUUCAUUUUUGGUAAUUGGAAUUCGUCAAUAAUGUUUUUUACUUAACACUCUCUGUCUUAUCUUAACGUUUAUAUAGAACUAAAUGAAUGAAUUACUUGCACAUCAAAAUUGUCUAAUUGAUCUCAAUUCAUAAUUACACCUCUAGGUCGCCACAUGUUUUCACUUAUUCAAUAUAUUUCUGUCUUAAGACCCUUUUAUCUGUCGUGAAAUAUUUCGAUAACCUAUUACCCAUUGAGUUUUCAAAUUUUACUAAGACCGUAUUUUUUAAAGCUCAAUAAAAUUACUCGUUUUAUUUUGUUGGAACCCAUUAUUUAUUAUAUAAUUUAUGUAAUACAUAAUUACGUUAAUUUAAAUUCGUUCCUUACAUUUAGUAUAUUGCAAUAGACUUUUUUUACUGUGUUAUUGGUUAUUAUUAUUUAUAUAAAUUAUAAGAAUUCAGACUCUACAAUAAUUUGAAUUUAUUAUUUUAAAAUGUAUUGUUAAUUUGAAAUUAUAAUACACCUUACCUGUCUUAUAAUUCACAUAAUAUACUCACUACAUUUAUGUACAGAUUAAAUUGUAAUAUUUUAUAAUUUUCAGCUUUGAAAAGUAAAUUUAUAACUUUUUAUGCUUUCAGGAUGUUGAUGAUUUUUCCGUUUCCUGUACACCUGGUUAUAUGGAUCCAAGUAGUUUCAUGAAAUCGGUAUAUUUUUAAAAUAAAUAUUAGUUAUGAGUUUGUAAAUUAUAAUUUUGAUAAUGAUUUAUAUUAUUGAAUAACAUUUUUCAUUAAUUAUGCAUGCUUUUUAAGUAAUAUACAUAAUUACAUACAAUACAAUUUUUUUGAUCAUAAUUGUUUGGUCAUUUCACAUUUUAAUUCAAAAAGAUUAUACCAAUUUACCUACUUAUUUAGAUUAUAAAUUAAUAUAAUUUAUUAUUUAUUUUAGUUAACUGUAAAAGCAACAUAUGAUUACGAGGGUCAACAAAUUGAUGAAUUGUCUUUCUGCAAACAUGCUGUGAUUACUAAUGUUGUGAAACAAGAAAAAGGUUGGUGGCGUGGUGAUUAUGGUGGUAAAUUGCAGCAUUGGUUUCCAGUUAAUCAUGUGGAAGAAUUAGUAGAGGAAACUCAUAUAGAAAAACCUGAUAGUGCUGUAAGAUAUAGUGUGAUUUUUGGCAAAAUAGAUUAAAUAAGACCUGUAUAUUUUUUAAAUUUAUUAUAAUGUUUAUUGUUAAUAUAUCGUUCAAGUUAAUUUUUUGACCUGUGGUACAGUAUAUGAUGUUUCAAUGAUUUACCAUCAGUGAUAUUAUGUCAUGAAACAAUGUGUUGUAUCGAGAGGAUAAACUGAAUUGGAAAUGAUAACAAAAAACAUUAUUAUCAUAAUUACAAAUCUUUCCUUGUACUAAAAUUAUGUUUUAUAACUGAAUUUGGUUAUAAUAAACAGAUUUUUUAAAAAAAGGCAUGGUAGAGAUAUUUUAGUGUUUACUGCAAAAUAAAUUGUUAAUUUCCAAAUACUGAAAUAACUUAAAAUAGUAACCACUUUCAAAUAAAUUCAACUAUUCAAAUAAAUAAAUUCCCAAAUUAUUAAAAGUAAACUAUAUCUAAAUUGUAUGUAUAAUAAAUAAUUUGUUUCUAUAAUGUUUUAGUCAGCAGAUUCAAUGUUUUUGGGAAGUUCACAAAAAGGAAGUUUGGAUUUAACAGGAGCUUUGGUUGAGAUUGGCAAAUUAAAUCAACCAAAACUUGAGUGGAUGAUUAAAAUACAAACCUCUAAUGCGUGCACACCAUUCGUUGUAGGUGCAGUAUCACGAGAACAAGCUGAAGAAUGGAGAAAUCUAAUUGUUGAGACAGCUCAUAAUGCCAGUGCAAGAGUAAUUGAACAAAUUUUAUUAAUUUUUGUUAUUGUACUUGUAUUUACAUAAUAUAUUUUAUUUUUUGGUGAAGGAGACAGAAAAUAAAAAAAUGGAACGCCAGUUAAAGAUCGCUAAAGAAAUAUCUGAUCUUAUUAUUUAUUGUCGAUCAGUAGCUUUUUGUAUUGAAACACAGCGUGAACGUGGAUUUUCGCAUAAUGAAAUGUCUUCAUUUCCGGAGAAUAAAGCUGAAAAGCUUAUGUGUCACCAAGAGAAUAAGUUCUUCUUUCGUUAUCAUCAAAUUCAAUUUAGUAGAGUGUUUCCUAAGGGUCAGCGCAUAGAUUCAUCUAAUUAUUCGCCUAUAGCUAUAUGGAAUACAGGAUGUCAAAUGGCAGCUCUUAAUUUUCAGUCCCCAGGUUUAUGACUAAACUUAUUCAAAUUUUGAACUUUUAUACUUAAUUUUUUUUUUUGUAUUUAGAUAAGGCAAUGCAAUUAAAUCAAGCAAAAUUUCGUUUAAAUGGCGGUUGUGGAUAUGUUUUAAAACCUGAAUAUAUGUUUGAUGAAACUGAUGCAAUGUCUAAUACUUGGACAGACGAGAUAUUACAAAUUACCGUUUUUGUUAUUGGUGGUCGACAUGUUGGUAGACCAGGUCGUAAUGGGAUUUCUAAUCCAUUUGUUGUUGUUGAGAUUUAUGGAACUGAAAAUGAUUCUGGCUUAAAACUAAAUACUCGUUCAAUACGUAUGUUUAACUGCACAUCCACUACAAAUUAGGAUGCUAUCUUAAUUUGGGAUUGUAGUUGUAACUAAUCAAUGUAACAAUAUUAUAUUUUUACAGACGAUAAUGGAUUUAAUCCUGUUUGGAAUGAAUCAACUGAAUUUACAAUUAUGAAUCCUGCAGUAGCGUUUAUUAGAUUUGUCGUUAAUGAUCUUGAUAUGUUUGGCGAUGCUAAUUUUAUUGGACAAGGCACUUAUCCGGUUUGUGGUUAUUCUACUUUUUUUUUUUUAAUUGCUGAUAUGUAGCUUAUGUAGAUUAUUGUAUUAUUUCAGAUAAUUACAUUGCGGUCAGGUUAUCGGAGUGUUCCAUUAAAAAAUGGGUUUUCUGAAGAAAUUCCAUUGGCAUCACUUUUAGUACAUAUCUCAUUCAGAAGCAAAACUGUUAGUAUAUCAAAUACAGAAAUACCUAUAUUUUGUUUAAUUUAUACAAAAAUUAUUAUUUUGUUGUGCGUAAUAAUUGCUAAUUAGGUAUUAUUUUUUUUUUUCACUAUUUGUAUUAUGUACUUCCAAAAUGUAAUGUCCUACAAAUAGGCAAAACAAAUUGCAUGCAAUUAUUUGUGUUGGUAUUUUAGUGGACAUUCAACUCCUGCCAUUUUAAUGUUUUUGUAAUAUUUUUGUUACCUAUAAUUUGGUUAAUCAAAUAUAUAUUUUAUUUAUAUUCUAAAUAAUAUGCACACAAUGUUUUUUAAUAAUUGAAUGAUAUAAUAUAGAGGUUUCAAAAUACAGUUAUUAAAAAUAUAAAUUUAACUUAAAAUUAGUAUUAAUGUCUAUUAAUUAAAUAUUAUUAAGUAAUAUUUCAUUAUAUGUUUUUAGGGUUUGUUAUCAUCAUCUGAAAGUGUUGUUACAUCGCCGUCAGAAUGA